AUGCAUGUGUGUGCAUGUGUACACGGAAAUUUGCAUUCACAGCCACAGAAGAGAUCACAUAUACGUACAUUAUAGUGUGCUUAUUCAUCUAGUCAGGAAGUGACCUGGCAUUAGCCAUUCUUCGCUUACUCCUUAUCCAAAGCCAUCCACUUUAAUUGAUACUCUAUACUUAAUACACUCAGAAGAGAUGUGAAAUCUUGUAACAAGCAGGAGAGAGAGAGCGAGGUCAGUUGUCACACUGGUGAUUUCUCCGACACUAAGGGCACAAGCUGAAAACUGAAGUAGCGGCAUAGUGUGACUCCAGCAGCUGAGUCAAUAUCUUGUUUACCUUCAGUCAAGGUCACCUGAAACUGAGCUUAGCACAGUUUUCCCACUUGUCCUCUUCCAAAGUCCUAUGGCACACCGCAUGUCAUGUGAGAAAACUUUUUUGACUUUGGGUAUUUGCAUUUUUCACUCUAUGCUUAGAGGUGUAGUAGUGUGUGAUUGGAUGUUUUUACUACAGUCUUAGGUUGAACUAGCCUUGGAAUUGAUCCCUAAUUAGUUCAUUAGUGAGACUGGGGCAAGUUGUCACAUGUGUCGAUUUGACUAUUCAAAGCCCUGGCACGUAUUCCCUCCUAGACUGGAGAUGAAACUUGUAGGAUGCUGUUAUGGUGAACUUACGACUCUGAGAGUUUUCCUGACGUACCAUCACAUCGCAGCAAAAGGUAUAAUAAGUUGUAGUUUAUUGACAGCUCUGCAGACGCUGGAUCAAAGCCACACCGAUGGUUGGGUAAUGAACAGUAUAACACACAUACAUCUUAUAAUGAUUAUUGCAUUGCUAUAGCAUUACUGAGAGAGCUCCUCACUGCAACCAUGACCAAAUGCCCGUCUAACAGGGUUCUUCAGCUUUACAUAGGCCCAUGUGCUUGAGGCUGUAAGUACGCCAUCUUCGGCACUUGUGCCCAAUUGAUUAACCCUUCCAGGUCUAUAUCCUUGUGGAGGGAUAUUUUGUUCUUGUAUUCAAUAUGCCUUUAAAGCUCCACAAGUUUUUGUUCUAGAGACAUAAAAAUAACACCCCCGGAAACCUUGAAUCUUUUUUUUUUUUAUGCAUACACUUUGUAAGGAGAAUAGAACUUAAAGCUUGCACAUUUCAGUCUCUGAGUGAGGUUUCAGCUCCUAAUGACCUGCCCAUUAGCAAAUUACGGCUAUUCAUAUGAUAAGGGGAUUGUAAUUAAGUGAUCGCUGUUGGGUCAUGACGUCAAACCUGUGGGGGUAGUGGGUACAAAGACAUUCCAGGGUCAUUACGUAAUGGCCAUUGUCUUUGACCCAGGUGUCCCAUUUGUUUUCAUUUGCAGUCAUUGUGAAAAAAAGAAAACCGGAUGUAUGACAACAUGUCCUGCUGUCCCCUACACAAGAUAUUUUCUCCUAAUUUUUUAUUGAAGCAGUCGCAGACAUGAAUGAAGAGACCUGUAGUGAAGAAAUCCCAAACAGCGUUCUAGAGGAAUACAAACAGAGCCUCAAUGAAGUCUCACAGCUCAUCGGGACCUCCCAACACAACAUAAGUGAUCAGGAAACAGGAGAAGUGUUUGCGCGUCUCUCGAAAGCAGCAGGUGAAAUACAGCAUCUGCUAGAGGAUGGUGUUGAUAUCAAAAAUCUUCUCACACCCUUGCAAUCGGGGUUACAUCUCAUCAGGGAUAUACUAUUGAAGAAUAAAGCUGAUCCGGUGCAAUCUUUAGAUAUUGGUGUACGCACUGUGCACCCAGUGGCGCUGUCAUCCAAAGAGAGGAGAGGACUGAAGAGGCAUGCAUCUGGCCUGGAGGAGUUGUUGUCAGGCAUAUCAAAAAAGAAAGAGCUGCGACUUUCUACAUCAUUGACGAAACCUGGUCUCCAUGAAGGACCCAGCACAUGUUUUACAACCCAUGCAGAUGUGGGACACUUCCCAUCUUGUGAAUGUCUUGAGCCACAAUUACGGGAGGAAGAAAAUGGAGAUUUGAAAUACACGCUGAGAUGCCCCACUGCUGGUCUUUUCAGGUGCAAGUUCACCAGUCUAAUGUUUAAGAUGGAGACGGCAGGUGAGGUGGAGUAUCACUCAGUACCAUGGGCAGACAAGCUGGAAAAUCAUGACCGUGAACCAGCAGGACCCCUUUACAACAUCAGCUGCUUCCCUGGGACUCCUGUUCAGAUACAUUUACCACACUGUGAGGUUAUUUCAGAUGGGAAGCUGGGGCAUCUGCGUGUUGCUCAUAUUACUGGUGAUGGUCUGAAGAUCAUUACUCCCAAAGAUAUAACAGAGUCUCAUGUGGUCAUCGACGUCACUGGCUUAUCAUUGUUUGGACUUCUUACUUUUUUUACUGACUACUUAUUGGGCAGAAACAUCCGGGCACAGGUGUUGAAUUUUCUUCAAAGAAGUUCUGAGCCAGUAAAAGUUCAAGUCUUGCUGUUGUCAAGUAAUGCUGACAUAAUGAAGGUUAAGAAAAAGAGAGGACAAAUGAUCCAUCCUUGUCAAGAGAUCUACAUUGAGACAAAUCCUUACUGUGAAAUCAACACACGCAAAGAUUACAGCCUUUUCACAGACCCACCUGGACUAGACGUGAUUCCUAACACGGCUAAGUAUGUUGAGUGCAGUCAAAACUUCCCUCCAGCAUUCACAGUACAUUGCAGGAGAAAGAAAGAGCUGAAGCUAAUCCUGAAGGAUAAAACAAGGGAACUGUGGAGCAGCCUGGUCAUCAUUGAAGAGAAAGACACCCCCGAUGGGAGACAACACGUCUUAGAACCAUCUGUCAGCAAACACUUUUUCCAGAAACACAAGGGGGCUCUGGAAACACGACUACCAAAAGUCCUGGAAUCCAUUCUCAACCAGCUGGUGCAGAGGGAGGUUCUGAAUACCAUCGAGAGGGACGUUAUUCAGAGUAAAAAACCUGACCACAAACGGAAUGAGUGCCUCCUCAACAUUCUGGACAAGAAGGGGUCUCGGGCUCAGGAAAUAUUCUGCCAGGUCCUCAAAACAGAAGACUGUUUUUUGGUGGAAGAUCUUGAAAAAAAAUGUUAAAAGUCAAGACAGCAUCUGACAAGAAAGAGGAAAAUGAAGUGCUACAUGUAUCUACAAAAAGCGAUAUUUAAUAUGACCUUCCCUUUCUAAAACGAGAGACUCGUCUUCUUUACCAGGGUUAAUAGCAACACAGGAAACCUUCUCAAAGGACAAGGAUGCCAAUUGCGAGUAGGCUACGACUGCAUCUGUGUUAUAUGAACAUUUUACUGUUUUACCAUGAUACUGUUUUACCUGUUCUAUAUUGCUCUAAAUGCACUUUUUGUCAAUUGCUUGUAAAGCACUUUGAAUUGCAAUCUGAUUUGGAAAGUAUUGGUGCUAUUUAAAUACAGUUUGAUUGAUCUAAUUGAACUGGAUGGGGUGUUUGGGGCAGGUGGGUGUACCAGAUCUGUGGUCUGAGGGGGUCCUUUGCCCUAGCUUUAACUGCUUUAACUGUGAUUGGCACAGAUUGGCACAGUUAAAGCAGUAGUAAGGAGUUUUGGUCUAACACAAGUGAGCCAACUACCUAAAAGGCAUACAAAAACCAAACGCUCAGCUGGCACUGACAAAAGCUUGCUAACAUGCUAACUAGUGUCUACUGGCGAUAUAGCUGGCAAUGUCAUGCUGUGAAAGCUUUUCUUACAUUUUUAUGGGGUGUUGCGGCUCUAACACAGAACUACAUAGUGCAUAUCCUGGAUGGCUAGGGGGCUAGUGUGUUUAUCUGUCCUUUACAUGACCGUAUACAAAAUUAUUUGGAGGAUGAUACCAAAACUAGUUGCACAGAAAUAUACAUAAAAAAAAUGGCAAAUUGUUCAAUAAUUUUGCUUUAACUGCAGUUGGAUGCUAUCCACCAAGAGAGAUGCAGAUAAAGGUGCUGACACUAAGAAGUUGUAAGAAGUCAACUAUUGUAAGAACACAGGGUGGUACCCCUGCUUUUUCUAGACAAAAUUGAGAGGAGUCCUAAUUUCAUUGACGGGCACUGAGCAAAGUUGUUUGCUAGAUUUAGGUGUAUUUCAUAUAUCAGACCACAACUCCACAUACCAGACCACAUCUCAAAUAGGUCCACAUUCUUAGUUUGAAUAGCACCAGGCCAGAGCCAUCAGGCUUUGCUCCUGGGCUUUUGUGCGUUUUGGAGCUAGAGCUAUUAGACUCUAAAUGUUGGCUUUUGUCUACAUGUAAAUAUCUGCGAGUAUGAUGUGGAAAUAAAGGCUAAGCCAGGAUUGUAAAUGGUAAUUGACAAAUGUCCUCAGUGCAUAGGAUAGACAUCAUAAGCUAGUUUAACAUAAAUAAUGAGAGUUCUUAUUUUAACUCUGAAUAAAACAUGCUACAUUGUGUUGA